AUGUCAGACGAGGAAUUCGAUAGUUUUGAUGACGGCGACGACGAUGGAGUGCUAGAAAUCGAUGAAGACGAAGUCGAGAAUCGAAAUCGCCCGCGCGUGGGUCGUGAUCUCUCCAUGGCGAUGACCCAAAAACUAUUCGGAAAUCUGGCCGGCGGCGCAUCGGAAUGCCACGUGGCGUAUGAUGAAAGUGCCUACGUGGCUCCCAGAAACCGAUUCGAGGAGAUUCUGGCAGAAGAAGACGUUCGAAUCGUCAACGAUCAUGACCCAGAAGUCGCAAUGGAGACCGACCUGGGAGCUUAUGAGAAAUUCGUUGUUUUCGGCGGAAACCUGAAUCACGAGGAUUUGUGUCGAAAUUUGGAGAAACGAAUGGAAGCCGAUCGAAGCGAGAUUUUUGGCGAAUUCGAGACGGCGUGUAAUCGAGAUAAUGGUUUAUUGGCGCUUUAUAUGUCGCCAUCGAAAUCACAUCUAGGACUCCAAGACACCCUAUUCCGCGCAUUCCUUCAAAUCCGUCAGACCCAAACCAAAUCGUUCGCUCUGAUGCUUCGAAAACUCAACAUUUUAGCCAAAAAAUCGGAAAAUUCGUCGGAUUUGAUGCUAUCACAGACUUGUGUCGCCCAUAUGAGACACUUAAAUCGUCUAUUUGAUUCCCAGGCGAUUUUUAACACAAUUUUCGAGUUCGAAUGGCGAUUUUGGAAUCCAGUCGUUCGGAAUAGCUUCAUCGCCGCUUUGCCAGAGAUUUUCACCGAAAUCAGCCUUCAACAAUUCACGGCGAUCCGAUUGAAUCAGCAAAUUCAAGAGACUCAAAAUGUUCCCGAUUUGGCAUCGUUCCAACUUCAAAUCGUUGAAACUCUGCGUCUCCUACGCAUGGAUUCUCUCGUUUCGCGGCAAAUUCGAAGGGAUUUGUGCAAUUUGUGCAUGGAUUUGGACGUUUUUUGUCUUCCAGCAGUGAUUGCGUUCUCGUUGGGAAGCUUGUUGGCACAGCCCACUGGGAAAGUAAGUGGAGGAGAAAGCUCUGACGACGAUGAGACCCUUUUCCAUGAGAUGCUCCGCCAGCUAUCACGUCUUCUGAAAAUCGACGCGGUCAAAAAGCGAACGAACAAAGCCGACGUCAUCUGCACGGAGAUUUUUGCGCACUUCUUGAAGUUUCUUCAACUCGAAAAACGCUCUUGGAAAUUUAUAAUCUCUUGGAUCGCGAAGAAAGACAAACGAAAGGCGUUGGCCAUGAAAAAUGAGGAUUCUGAGAAAAAUGAGGAAGGCCCAGAAGACGUCAGAGGGUCUUCUGAAGAGCCUCAGGAAACAGCAGAAGAGCCACUUCCAGAAGAACCUUAUCUCUCUUCAUUUGAAGCAUUUCUUAUCUUCUCUUUACUCUCAAAUCCAGAAUCAUGCCCUCCUGGAUUCGUCACCGCUGUUAAUUCGAAAAUUCUGAAUAUUCCGCUAGCGUUUUCGCCGAAAUUCUUGAAAAUUGUGGAUCUGGGAAUCUCGUUUAAGAAAUUCUCCACGACCCAUCUUCCGGCGCUAAUCCACGUGGCGCGUCACUGCUUCUGGUCUCCAGAUGCCAAUAUUCGUCAAAUGGGCGUCGCCAUGUGGAAGCAACUAUUUGUUGGAAUGGAGAAAAAGGAGCGAGUCCGGGUUUUCGGCGAGCUCAUGAAGCACUUUUCGCAGUCAGAAAUCGAGUGUGAAGCUGUUUUAGACGUAUUUUUCAAGGUCAUCAAGUCGACGAAUUCUGGAGUGAUUCUGGAGUUUUCGGGGCAGAUUCAGAAAUGCAUCGAACUGAUUCAUAAACUAUCGAUUCCAAAUAUCAAGCGACUGUUCCAAGUGAUGCUUCUGAUGAAUGUUCCAAACAUGAAAUCGGCGAAAUCGGUUCUUUUUGAUAUCGAUGAAGUGAUCAAUCGAUUUUUGAUUUCUGUCAAUGACCGGGAGAAGUUUUUGGGCGUUUUGGCGUUGUUGAUGAAGAUUCAGGUGGAGAUGGAGAAGAAACACUCUGAAAACCAAGAGCUCCUCGUCCGGGAAGGAAUCGCGCGCAUCGAAGACGCCAUCAAGACAUCGUCACGUCUUCGUGGCGCCUUCUAUGAACAUCUGAAGCUCGUCCUUCAGCAACGAAAACGAUCGGAGGAAAUUCGAUUUUUCAUCGAGUGGUCCCAGAAUUUAUUGCAGCGAUUCAAAGAGGAUUUCUUUGAGUUUCAAGAGGAAAUGGAUCAGGAGUGUACGUGGAUUCUCAAGCCACCGUCUGAACGUCUUCAGGAGGUGAUUCCGAUGUUUGAGCUGGUUUUGGAGAUGGAGCAUUUGAAAACGCGAUGGAAGGAGGAGGAGGAGGAGAACGAGGGGAUGGGAAAUGAUACUGUAGUCACUAAAGAUUUGGAUUUUGCCUUUGAAGCCCUCCUGCCAUCUCAAGACGAAGACCUUCCCGCGGACCGAGACCAAAAACUGGACCACCUCUACUUCCUAAUCCAAAUGUGUCGUUCAGUGCUAAACGCCUUCUUGACCCACUCAUCCUCAGAUGACGUGGCAAAAAUCGCGAUUCGUCAGUUUAAAGUGAUGAUGGAGGCUGAGAAAAAGCUAGCAGCAGGGCUAGGCAGUGGUGCCACGUGGCGUGUGCCGAAUUUGGAAUUCAAAGAGAUUACGGUAUCGGGUCCGGAGAAGCCCAAAGCUAAGGGAGGAGCUAGAAAACGAAAAAGUGAUGAGACUACGAUUAUUGGAGCAACUGGAGAUGAUUUAUUGGCUCAAGAAGCGGAAGAAGAGGAGGAUGAAACAGAGAAAAACGUCCCCAAUUUAACACUAAAAUCGCAUUUCACUUGUCUUCGACUCCGCCCACUUGUUCAUAUUUUGAAAUUGGCCCAGAAGAAAAGAGGGUGCUUGAAGUACCUUUGUGAUGAGCUACAAACGGUUUUUGAUCACAUUGCGCGGUCUAAAAAAAAAGCACCGCCCAUGUUGGCUGCUCGAGCCAUCACUCAAAAAAUCGAUGCUUUCUAUCAUGGCGACGCGGCAAGUGUAUGGUUUUGUGUGCGAAAAUCGACAGAGCACAUUUGGGAAAUUGUCGUAUCGAUGUUUCAUUUCUUCUCAACACUAGCAGAUGCCAGUCAACAAUCCAGUGUUCAAAUGCAGAAGGAUUUGGAGGAGAUGGGAGAGAAGAGCUUGAAAUUGAUGCAUUGUUUGUUGAGCGGUGAUCUCUAUGGAGGUGAGGAGAAGCUGUCGGCCGUCGAGAAAGCCGAUCGAAAAUCGGUAAUUAUUCGAAUCAUCGAAAAGAAGAUGUUCGGUCUGGAAAGACUGUCGAAUAACGAGGAAGAGGCGAGAAUUGAGAUUGGGAAGUUUCUGGCGAAAUCCGCCGAAUUCUCUCCGACACCGGCGGUGGCGGUGGCACUUUUGAACGUUUUCGACGAUUUGAAAUUGGAUGAAGAGGAGCAAGCGGAGACGAGGAAGGUUAUGGCAAAAUACGCGCUGGCCUACCUGAAAAAGGAUUGGAGCAAAGUAGACGAGCAGUGGAGUCGCGGAACGAAGUACACGAACGCGGUGAAGGAUAUUCUACAGCAUUAUAUAAAUUUGCGACGAGAGAAAGAUCAAUUGCUGGCGAUUCAAUGGAUUUUAACGAAUAAAGUUGUGCAACUGGUACCCGAGGAUGAUAAGAGGAAAUCGUGCGUUUUUUCGCAGCAAUCCGACGAUGAGAUGCUGGAAAAAGAGGACAAAAAAGCGGUGUUCUACUGUAUUAGCAAGACGACGUUUGGCGUGAUUUUCAAGACUCUUUUUGGAUGUCUUAACACCAGAUGCCUCAAAUACGAUAUGUCUGGAAUUGCAGCCAAAAAUCGGCUUGUCGAUGAGGAUGAAACUCUGGAAUCCUGGGAAAUUGCAUCAUCCUGCUUCUUAAUCCUUUGUCUGUUCCUUAGAAUUAAUAAAAUCCGAACCACCGCGGUGCUAACCACUGCCAUUCGCGAGGGAAAACAGUUUUUGAUUACUGUAUCUCGAAAGUCUUCGUUCAUCUAUCUAAUGGAGAAUAUUACGAAGGGAACGAACUUCGAUGUGGUUUGUCGAAGAGUCGAGAAGAUUCUAUCGGCGGUGCAGCAGGGAAAUCGAGUCUUGCAGAGUAUUGGAACCUAUGCGAAGACACAAAAAUGCGUUCAUCUCCUGAAACGCUUCCCCGAACUUCGUGCAGAGAACGAGAAUUGCCUACGUGUGAUACACUCGGCAAUGGUCAAAAACGAGUGUUUGAAUGCGUUCACAGUGGGUCUAGUGAAGAGCAGAUCCAUCGACGGAGAGAUUAUCACGAAUCAACCGGACAGUCCAAUGGAUUCGGAUGAUGAAUAA